AUGAUGGACAACAAUCUCCAGAGCCUCGAUCCGAGACUGCGAGAUGCGAACGCAAACCCAAACGCAAGUGCAAGCACCUACGGCCAUCAGCAGCAGGCAGGCUCGACAUUGCAUACACCCCUUGCCCCAAACCCUUCCCGCUCACCAGCCGCCGCCUCUCCCUACCAAACAUCGACGACUUUCAACACUCCGCCGUCCGCCGGAGGAAACCUCGGCCAUAGUGGUGGAAGUGGCUCACAAGACGGUGGUAACGAUGCGAACGAUCCAAAGAGAUCGCGAGCCUGCGAAGCCUGUCGAGGUCUGAAAGUUCGCUGCGAACCCAACUUCAAUAAUCCCGACGCACCAUGUAAGAGAUGUGCGAAGGCCAAUCGCCAGUGCGUCAUUACUGUUCCCAGUCGGAAGCGUCAAAAGAAGACUGAUAGUCGGGUCGCGGAGCUGGAGAAAAAGAUCAAUGCUUUGACAGCUACUCUUCAGGCUCAAGGAGCUGGCACUGCCAUUGCUACUGCGGUCGCUGCUCAAAGCCUCGACAAUGGAAUGCAAAGUCAAGCUCCACACAACCCAUAUCAACAGGUUACCAGCGGAGGAUAUUCGACACCAUAUACCCAGACCCGUUCAGAAGUCCGCGCAGAUGAAUGGCAAUAUCCGAGAGCGCCUGAAGGCGACAGAAAAUCAUCCGCGCCACCAAUGGUUGUUGCCGGUCAGAAGAGAAAGCUCGAUGCUCAUUUGGGAACUUCAGAGUCCUCAACACCAGCUUCGACCGGCAUACAGAAGCAGGCUGAAGUAACUGGAUUCUUUCAAACAACAAAUCCUGAAGCUCAGAAGUCAGCACCCGCUCAUGAGUAUAUGGACAUCAUUGAUAGAGGCCUCACAACAGCCGAGACUGCUUCCGUGAUAUUCAAUCAUUAUGUCAAGAACAUGGCUCCCCAUAUGCCUGCUGUUGUCUUUCCUGAAGGUACAACCGCAGCAGAAAUUCGGAAGACCAAACCCAUCCUCUUCUUGGCCAUCCUUAGUGCUGGUGCAGGUUCAUUAUACCCGGACCUACAACGAACAUUGACAAAGGAAGUCAUGAGCAUCUACGCAGAGCGGAUCAUUUGUAAUGGAGACAAAACGAUCGAGUUGAUCCAAGCUUUGAUCAUAUCAUGCCUUUGGUAUUGGCCACCAGAGCAUUUUGAGGAACUGAAGUUCUAUCAAUUGAUUCAUAUUGCUUCUGUCAUGGCUAUUGACAUCGGCAUGAACAAGAAGAGCAAAUUGCAGAAGACUAAAGGUGCUGGCCUAUUCAGAGAUAAUCCCUGGCGCAGAACUCCCUUCCCAGAUGCUGAGAGUGCUGAAUCAAGACGUACUUGGCUUGCUUGCUACUUUCUUUGCUGCAACGCAUCUAUGGGCCUCCGUCGACCGAACUUGAUCCGCUGGACAUCCUUCAUGGAAGAUUGCAUUGAUUUCCUGGAGACCUCACCAGAUGCCCUUCCUUCAGAUAAGGGUUUCUGCCACUGGAUUCGUAGUCAGCAUAUCGCAGAGGAUAUUGGUACUCAAUUCUCCAUGGAUGACCCAAGUGCUACCGUGAAUAUCUCUGACCCUAAGGUCCAAUACGCCUUGAAAGGAUUUGAGAUCGAAUUAGAAAAGUGGGCCAGCCAAAUCCCUCAAGAGUCCAAUUCCCCUGGCUUGCAGGUAACCGAGCACGUUAUCAAUCUCUAUAUGCACGAGGUUGCCAUGCAUGUUGACCACAAUGUCGAGGAGUUCAAGCCACCAUUUACAGAUGCCCUCCUUCGAGAUUCUGCCGCAAAUGCUGAGCAGAUGACUCUGACUGGUGCUCAUAUUGCAGCACUGUCUAUCUGCUUGAAGUCAAUCGAUGGAAUCUUCAAUAACUUCUUGCAAUUCGACGUCGAUGUCAUCCGCUGUCUUCCAGUGGCAAGCUUUGUUCGGGUCGCCUACGCUGUUGUGGUGCUCAUCAAAAUGUACUUUGCAGCAGCUACUCCAGGUAGUCAUUUCGGCAAGGUGAUUGAUAAAGACAAUAUGAAGGUUGAGCAAUACUUGGAUGGUUUGGUCGACCUCUUCAGAAAGUCUGCCAAGGACGAGAAAUCCAGACCCUCUGCAAAAUUCCUCAUGGUUCUGCUUAUGCUCAAAACCUGGUUCCACCGUCAACGCGAGGAGAAGGGAGGAACUUUGAACGGGGCUAGCACGGCUGCUCCAGAUAUGUCUUCCGAAGCGCAAGCUGUGCCUGGUAGCAUUCCUAACGGACAACGUCCUCAAUCCAGCUACAGUCCAUCCAACACACCUCUCCAACUUCUCAGCGAGGUCGCAACUGGCAAUUCUGGAGCUCAGACUCGUUCUGGCAGCAUCAGCAACUUCACUCCAUCUAAUGAAUGGCAACAGAUGCAGUUCGGUGGCUAUGGAAACAUGCCCCAAGCCUCCAUGGCCCUAGGCUACGGAGGUUUGAUUGACCCAAACCUCGUCGGUAUGGAUUUCAGCAACUAUGCAAUGGGCGAUGGUUUGGAGCAGGCUAUGGGCAUGACUCUUGGCGUUGGAGAGUUUGGUAAUUUGUUUGGCGGCGAAAACAACUUCUUCAGCGGAAUGAUGGGCGACAUGGGCGAAAAUAUCGGCCAGGGGUUUGAUGGUACCAUAUAA